AUGAAGGAAUUCGCCGAUAGAAGCAGUUCAUUCUCUCUUCUGUCAUCUUUCUUUCCAACCGUCGGCAGGAACUCCGAUGCCGAUGCUGCGUUACACGAUCCGGAGCGCCAGCGGGCGCCUAGAGAGUCAGUCGCCCUUGAAGCUUCUGGCGAAUGGGAGACUGGAGGCAAAAGACAUCCCCCGGAAGACUCACAGGCUGUACAGGGAUAUGAGAGUGACGAAGACAAGUCACCGGUUUCAACUGCUGCUCUCGAGGCGAGUGAAAAGGGGAAACUCCUUGCCAACCUUCGCGCGCUUCUUUCCUUUGUCCUCGACAAACUCCGUGUACCUCCGCAGCACGUCUUUUUCUCAGCUAACAAACUGGCCGCAGGACCUGUCAUCGAGCUGUGCAGUUUCGCUGAUCUUUUUUUCAAUGGAAAUAAUUCCUUCGGAGGACUAAUUCUCAUUGAACCUCUACUCGUCCCAGACCUCGGCCAGCGUAAUGGAGCUAGAUCGAGCGAUCGUUUGCAGCUAUGCGCGAGGCUUUCUUUGCCGGUCAGACUAACUUUCGGUUCUGACGAAGGUGAUGAAGCGGAAAAAGGAUCGCCGCCGUUUGCUGCUGAGAGCUACACACUGAGCGCAAGGACAGGGGAUAGCAGCGGGAUGCCCUCUCCAACGGCGUGUAGCGUUGCACCCGGUGGGGAUCGCCCGCCAACCUCGAGUGGGGCACAAUGCUUCAAGGACACACUUGACGCCUCAAAGGUAGCUGACACACUUGGUUCGCAGCACGAACGGCCAAAGGCGCCAGGGGAUUGCCACGAUGGGGAGACGCCGGCCGCGGAUAACCGUGGUUGCAGCCAGGUGACUCGGAAGGCUUUUCCAGAGCGACCCGAAGACCCUAGGUUUCUCCGCCGGGCAAGCUGCAGUGACAGCAGCAUGAGCACAAUUAGUCACAAGGCAGGAAGGCUGACGAGGGCAGACUGCGGAAAGCUUCUGGGCGUUGUCCGUUCUGUCUGCAACAGUGACGCAUGCGCAGCAGGGAAACAGGAGAACGCAGGAGAGUACUCUGGAACAGAGCGUGAAGGUGCCUUAUCACCCGUUCUUGGGCGUUCUGAUGAACAGUUGGUGGCGCCUGGAGCGGAACCGAGUGCUUCGGAGAUUCCGGAGUCCAGUCAUGGAUUACAGUCAAGUGGGCGCGUCGAGCACCUGCACUCUCCGAUCGAUCCCGAGAUUCGAUUCGAGUCAGGGACGACAUCUACUGCAUCUUUUUCCCAGAGCGAAUCUUGCUCAGAUACCAACCCAGUUCUUGAGGGGAGCUGUCAAAGCGAGAGUAGGUCAGCUUCGUUUGAAAAUCGGCAGGGUGAGAGUGGGUUGUCGGCACAGACAAACGACGCUCACUCUUCUCUCCCCACUGAACCACAUAUGCACUCAGAUAUACAGAAGGAAUCCUUACUGCCCCAUGCAUCGGAUAGUCAGGGUGGGAUGUUUACGAGGGACCAAAACGCUGCUGAGACUGACCCGCGCAGCCCAUGUUUCCGGCUUAGAGAACCCCGAAACAAUCAAGUCUCGACUGGGAGCACUCGCGGCUCUGUCAGGGGAAACACUGGAGUAUCGGUGGAACAAGUGAUGCUGACAGGUGGGCAGGCGACGCGCCUGGGACAGUUUCUCGCAGGGAGGCCUGAAGAAAAUGGUGCACUGUCUGCUCCGGAGCGAACCGUCACUGCUAGGGCCGCCGAGAAGACGGGAAGGCCUGCAGCACUGCUUUGCCUGGAGCCGACCACAGCAGAGUCGGGUGCCCCUCCUCGGAGUCCAGGCUACGGUGAGGGAAUUGUCGAAGGCAUUGGAAGACGCGAUGUCUCUGACACUCUGCGACGGGAGAGUGACUUUGACCUCACGCAAGAGAGUUCCGUGAUUGAUUCCAUGACGGACUCGAGUCAGGAUGAACAGGAACAAGAUGAAGAUGGAACAUUUCUUUCGCUCGUUCGGAAAAGUUUCGAUGGCACGUGGUCAGCUCCCAGGGAGGAGGCCUGGGAUAAUGGACGACAGGAGGUUCCUUUCUUCAGCCAAUUCAAGCAGUUCUUUCCAAGUGGCUUCGUAGAUGAUUUGACGGAGCCCGAGGAGGGAGGACGCACUGCAGCGAUUGCACAGGCGGCUCGGGAGGAGAGCAGAAGAUUGAGCCUCGCGAAAGACAAGAAAAUUGCUCAGGAGCUGCCGGCGGCUUUCGGCAUAAAGAAAGCUGCUGCACAUAUUCGUGAAGUGUCAUGUCCUCUGCUUCUCCUGAGGCGGGACUUGUUUCUCCAUCUAAAGCCGCACAUGCUUAGGAGAGGGGAGGCCGAUACGUCCGAUGCAUCAUCCGUCAUGGCUGGCGAAGAAGACGACGGCAACUUAUCGGAUGGCGUUUUUUCCGACACUACGAGUCAGUCGCAAUCCGAGACCGAAGAAGAGGACUGCCACGUCUUUACCAAGGAGGUAUUGAGUGAUGCGAGCGAGAGUUCUGUCGACAGUACAACAGUGGAAGUGGUAGAGAAGCCACUCAACAUUGAAUCCCGAGGUAACCCGGUGAAUGCUUUCGGUGGGCGACCUCGUCAUCAAAGGCAACAGAUAGGUGCGGUGCAAGGGCAAGCAACGAAGGAGCGCUUCAUCUCCCGUCGGCACACUGAGAAGCAUUUAGAGAGUAAAGAUUGGGCAACACAGCGAAGUGAAGGUCGCAGGGAGGAGAGGGCAGAACGGAGAGAAGCACGGCGGCGUGCUGAGGCCUACGUGAAAUCCGUCGGCCCUCGAGAUAGAAAGGCACUUAAACAGGAGGAGGCGAGUGCCGAUCGGAUUAUUAAGCUGCUGUCGAACUGGGCAGUGUCAGCAGACAAAGCGACAGUGGCGUUCCGUUUCUAUGACACGGGAUUUUACAAGACGUUGAGCCGGUUCAUUAACGAAACCCCAAGCCAUAUUUCCCGUCCCGGCAUGGCCGGAAAAAAUAAGCGGAAUAGCCUCACGCCCGCAUCGGCAGCAGCGCUAUUCGCCAGACGAGCAGAGCAGCAUCUGAGGGCAAAGUGGCGGGGUCGGGACGGCCGUCGCCGGUGCCACGGAGAACGUGCCGACCAGCUGGAGGGAAUCUGUAUCCCACUUCAUAUGUUCGAAGUGCCUCCCGCAUACCGGCAGAAUGAAGUGAUGCGCAAGAACUCCCACGAGAGCACGGACUCUACACAGGGAGAUUCCUGGAUAGACAAGGCAAUAUCUGCAUAUACUUCCUACUUUGAUUUCUUCGGAUCAAACUCAGGGACCCAUUGA